GCAAAAAAUGUAGUCGGCUGUAGCGGCCGGUGCCGUAAAGCGAGGCGCAGGCGGCGCGACAGCCGGGAAGGUCCCUUCCUUGGGUGGCUGGUUGGCUUCGAGCGAAGAUGGCGGCCGGGGAGGUGAAGUCGGUGCUCUUCGUGUGCUUGGGAAACAUUUGUCGCUCUCCAAUAGCUGAAGCAGUUUUUAGAAAACUUGUAACUGAUGAAAAAGUUGAAAAUAAGUGGAUGACAGACAGUGCUGCUGUUUCAGACUGGAACGUGGGGCGCUCCCCAGAUGCAAGGGCUUUAAGCUGUCUAAGAAAUCAUGGCAUUGAGACAGCACAUAAAGCACGGCAGGUUACUAAAGAUGAUUUCCAGACCUUUGAUUAUAUACUUUGUAUGGAUGAGAGCAAUCUAAGAGAUCUGAAAAGGAAAAGCAACCAAGUUAAAGACUGCAAGGCCAAAAUUGAACUACUUGGAACUUAUGAUCCACAGAAACAACUUAUUAUUGAAGAUCCGUACUAUGGGAGUGAAAAGGACUUUGAAACCGUUUACGAGCAGUGUCUUAGAUGCUGUAAAGCGUUUUUGGAGAAGUCUCAUUAAUGCUUCAUCAUUUUAUUUCUACAAGAAAAUAAUUAGCUUCCCCUGAAAUAUGUAAGGUUUACUUGAUUGAUGUAUUUAAAUUGUAAAAUUAUGCCUCAGUAGGUUCAAAACUUUUUCAGUUUAAUUUUAUAUUUCAGCUUUUGUGUCAUCUAAUUAACAAAUAUAGAAAAGUUCUAAUUGGAUUAGAUCAUCAACCAUUUUGUCAUACAUCGAUGUAAUAAUAAAGUGUAUGUCAUUCAGAAUAAAUAUAUCUGUAAACUCUUCCAGUGCUUUCUCACAAGCACUGCAAAAGUAACGUCUUGCUUCUUUGUGUGCUGUACUAACUAAACGGAGGUCUGCUCAUUGUGCCCUUAGUGAGCUAAUUUAAAUCAACUUUCAGUGGGAGUCUGUGAGAUAAUACUUCACGUGUGCUAACUAAGGCGUGUUAUCUUAGUAUUGUUAGACAGCCGUUGGACUGAAGCUGUUUCAUAUUGAGCCUGCUGGACUCAACUGCUUGCAGCCAGCCAGACAUUGGUCUUAGCACUAUUUCAAAGCUUAAGCAAGCAAAACCUCUGUGUCUGUCAUCAGGAUCCUGUGAAAACGGGUUUUUAUAUCAGUUUAAAUGCUCAGUUAUUAAAAGAAGAAAUAUUUUUUGUUCUAAUAGAUUUUUAUACUAAUUAAGAAUAAGUCAGUUCAGAAAUAGUGAUUUAUGUUAAUAGGACUUCUCUGGCUAGUCUUCCUUUGGGCUUGUGGUCACUUCCUAGCACACUGAUGCAAGUACAUGUGACAGCAUUUAUUUUGAAGACAAAACUGUUCAGCUUAAAAGCUUAAAUGUGAAAUGUAUGUUUUGUAUCUCAUAGUAGUGAAAUACUCAAAUCCAUGCAAUAUAACCAAUGAGCAAUUUGCUAUAAUCUGUUCCUGUGUGGGUGUUGGACAAUAUUUUCAGAUUUACUCAGGAGAAUGAAUAGCCUGUCAAAAGUGUUCUCUGAGAGUAUAGUUCAACCUGAAGACAGUCCAUCUGUAAUGUAAUACAAAGUUAACAGAAGGCCAGUAAAUACAAAGUUCUGCUCUUGAACAAAAAUUGAAUGGUUUUGUAAAGGUCCAUGCCUUUUUGUCUGAACAUCACCUUUCAUUUCUGCCUUAGAAACAUAAAUGUACUGAGAUGAGUAAUGUGACUGAUACCAACACUGGUAUGGACUAGCAGUACCACACUAUCUGUAAAACUGGAUCUGUAAAACUUGCUUCCUUAUUUAUUUAGUCUUGGUUUUGUGGUUUUAUGCACUAACCUCGGAAGUGGAAGUAUUAAGGUAUGAUCUAAUGUUAAUCUCUGCCAUAAUGGGCAUUUAAAAUAUUCCAGUGAAAGUAAAAUAACUCAGAAGACUGAGAACGUGAUGGUUUGUGCUUUCCAUUCAUGGCUGACUAGGAAUUGAACCUGUAGUUUCCUAUGUAUUAAAGUUAAGAUUUAAAAACCUUAAA